AUGCUGCUCCAACCCGGCUUCAGGGUGCGCGGCACGGCCCUCGUGGCCAUUUUUGCGGCGUCUCUGGUCCUGUGCCUGGGCUACCUCUACCUCUCCCCGUCGGUACUCGACGAUAUCCAGGGCCAUUCGGCCGGCCCUGGCCUGCACCCAUGGCCACCGAGCCAGCUGCCACCGGGUGUGGCGUCCGCGUCCGACCCCGUCACCGACCUGCCGCUCCCCGGCGAGUACCUCGUGGACACGCCCGCCUCGCCGUUCUGCGACGACCGCUUCAACCGCAAGUACCUGACGGACCUGCGCGCCACCGCCUUCCAGUACUGCGACGCCAGCUCGCGCUCGAGCCUGACGUGCUUCCACAGCCACACGUCGAGCGACGAGGAGCGGGACUCGCUCUGUGUCGCGCAGGGUGUCGUGUUUGACGCGGAGACGCAAAAGUUUGUCCUCCACUGCGACGUCGUCGAGCCCGACGCCAAUGCGACCGAGCGCGGUGUCAUCUCGUUCCACCGCGUGCGCCAGUACUGGUAUGACACCGGCCCCAAGUACAUUUUUGACCACCACGUCCGCUUCGUCGGCGCCGGCGAUGUGGCGCCCCUGGACGGGCCCCCGCCGCCCGUCCAGCGCCACCACUACACACUGCUGGUCAAGCGCGAGGGCGAGAUCAACCCGUGGCACUGCCUGCUCGAGAUCUGGUCCGCGGCCAUGACCAUGGACGUGCUGCGCAGCACCCGCGACGCGGCGGACCCGGCGGGCCGCCGGCCGCACGUUGUGUUCCCCGACGACAAGCCCAACGUUCUGGUCGUGCUGCUGGACGACCGGCUGGACGGGCCCUACUUUGACCUCUGGCAGCUGUUCUCGGGCCGCCCGCCCGUCCGUCUCCACGCGAUUGCCAACGACCCACAGGCCCUCGCCUUCUACAACACCUCGUCGGUCGUCGAGACGCAGCACCACAUGGUCGUGCCCCUCGCCGGCGGCAGUAAUCCGCUGUGGCAAAACGACUGGGCGGCGCGCGAAUGCACGCGGUCCGAUACGCUGCGCGUCUUUGUGCAGCGGGUGCUCAGCCACUACGGCAUGGACGACGGUCCCGCGGUGGUGGAUCCACCAACGCCGCACGCGCCCGCCCCCGUCCGCGUCACCUUCAUCGACCGCAACGACGCCGGCACGCGCCGCCUCGUCGACCAGGACCAGCUGCUCGAGGCGCUGCGCGUCAAGUACAACGGCACGGCCGUCGUCGCGGCCGUCGAUUUCGCCGCCGUGCCCUUUGCCGAGCAGGUGCGGCUGGCUCGCGAAACGGACGUGCUCGUGGGCGUGCACGGCGCGGGGCUGACGCACACCAUGUUCCUGCGGGAGCAUGUGACGGCCGUGGUCGAGAUCCAGCCGGCCGACAUGGAUGCCACCUUUAUGGGGUUUCGGAACUUGGCGAACAUGCGUGGCGUGACCUAUUUUCGGACGACCGCGGCGCCCGUCGUCGCGCCGGAGGCGCCCGCUCAGCCAGAGGAGUUGUCGGCAGGCGAGACGAGCGACGCGGCGGGCGGCAAGGGGACCCGCAGCUUGGAACGCCGCGCGUCCUGGCACCGCGAAAACUUUGCCAUCGACAGCGACGCAUUUGUGCGUGCCGUCGGCGCAGCCAUCGAGUCUGUGUACAACAAGGGCCUGCGUCACGUCGAGGUGUAG